ACGCUCUAUACAGUAGGCUCACGUCCUCACAAACUAACAUUCGAGGUCGUCAAGACAACAAACAUCCUUAAAACGUAAAACAAAGUAUGCUAUGGAAAUGUUUUAUAGCUUUUGUAAUUGUCCGGAGUGAGCUCAUAUCAAACGCUGUAUUUCCAGGAGUGUGACUCAUUGUCCACUCGGUCGGUUUCCUGACGACGUCAUUGCUUUAGUUUGACUAACUCACGGCUUCAAGUUUCAUUUCAGCGUUGACAGCGGCGCGUGGCGGGCUAGACCUCUUUUCUUUUUAGAUGACUUGUUGUAACAAACAGAAAACCAAGGUGGAACGAGUUUAAGACUUUGUGACCACGGAUGAACCAUGGCUACAAUAACGUGUCGAGUGCAAUACCUGGAGGACUCGGACCCGUUCGUGUGCUCAAAUUUCCCCGAGCCCCGCAGACCUCUCCAGUAUGACCUGAACGAGCACUUGCUAUUGAACGAACAGAUCGCCGGGAUUCACAAGCUGCUGGAAGCGCCUUUAAAGUUAGAGGAGUGUGCACUGCAACUGGCUUCUAAUGGGAACUACCUGGAUCUGGAAUCGUCCCUUGCUGAACAGAGAGAUGAUCUGGAGCAGCUCUAUGAUGACGUGGAAAAAGGCAAAAAGCCCAUCUUGAUUCUCCGUACGCAGCUCUCAGUACGGGUUCAUUCCAUCCUAGAGAAAUUAUAUAAUUCCCAUGGUCCUGAACUUCGGCGGUCCUUGUUUUCUUUAAAGCAGCUCUUUCAGGAUGAUAAGGACUUGGUUCCAGAAUUUGUCAUCUCUGAGGGUCUGACAUGUUUCAUUAAAGUGGGUGCUGAGGCAGAUCAUAACUACCAGAACUACAUCCUCAGAGCUCUCAGUCAGAUCAUGCUGUUUGUUGAUGGAAUGAACGGUGUUGUGAACCACAACGAAACUGUACAGUGGCUGUACACACUGACUGGCAGCCUGUCUCGGCUGGUUGUGAAGACAGCUCUGAAGUUGCUGAUAGUGUUUGUGGAAUACACCGAGUCCAACAGUCCACUGCUUAUUCAGGCUGUCACUGUUGUGGAUGGGAAGAGAGGAGUAAAGCCUUGGACGUAUCUAACAGAUAUCCUGUCAGAGAAGAAUGGAUCAGACACAGAGCUGCUCGUCUACACCAUGACCCUCAUCAACAAGACUCUGGCUGCGCUUCCUGAUCAGGACUCAUUUUAUGAUGUGACCGACUGUUUGGAGCAGCUAGGAAUGGAAAGGAUAGUCCAGAAACGUAUGACUAGCAGCGGCACCGAAGGUGAACUUAAACAGCAGUUCAUCAUUUAUGAGAAUGCCCUCAAGUAUGAAGAUGGUGAGAUGGAUGAAGGGCCACCAAAUGUCCGUAAAGACCGAAGGAAACUGACCCCCAGCGAGCAGGAGGGCAGGAGGAGCCGGCGGUCAUCUUCUCACAAUCUUACAGAGAGUUCCUUUCGACCAGCUUCCCCAACUGUGUCAGUCUCAUCUAACAGCCCUACCCCAGAGGUGAUGCGUACAGCCUCCCCUCAGCUGUCAGAUUCCUCCUUUUCUCCUGUUUCUGGCAGUCAUUUGUUGACCAGUCCCUCCUCUACGAUCUUAAGCUCACCCAAAGCGACGAAUGGAGCAGAGUCUGCAGCCCCUUCUGAGCAAGAUCUCAACUUGGGGCGCUCUUUUAUGAGUCAGUACAUAGCUCACAUGGGGAUUUCUAGACGGAGGUUAAAAAAGGAGAGGUCUAUAACUGAAGAAACCUCAGGCUUCUCCAACAGAGCGUCUUUCACAGAAACAGACUCUCCUCAGGAGCUCCCUUCCCAGACGGCAGCAGAGAAGCCCAGCCGGACAGAAGGAAAGCGAGUCUUCAAACAGCACCAGGCAGACAGUGUUUGUCCAGAGAGUGUGAAUAGAGACUUGCCGGUUCUGAGGAAUUAUGAAGACAAUUUCUUGCGUAGUCUGGCUGCAUCCCAGUGGGAGAAGAAAAGGAAGCCAUAUGAGAGACCUUCUCCAAGCGAGAGUGUGGCGUCUGCAGAUGUAGAGGCAUCUACUGAAGCCGAGCAGCCAGUCUCCAGCUCAACCACUGCAGGAUCUUUUAGUGGUCCGGACUUGACCAGGCACACCCUGGAGCAGCCAGAGGACACAACAGCAGCCCACAAUGAAGCAGGAGGUUUGCAGCGUCAGGGCAGUGCGGCGGAACAGCACAACACCCUCUCUAAUGACAGGAAGUUCAUGUUGGAUAUGCUCUACUCCAAAAACAACACCUCUGGAGGCCUAAAAAGUCCUAGUCUGGAGAGUGCACUUGAGGGCAAUGGGAUCAGCAGUAUGGCCGGACGGCUCUCAAGACUGCAGUCUCACACUUCUCAGCCCACAGAGGACACAUCCAGGCGGGCGGAGCUGGAGAGCCUUGAAGGAACUGCUCAGGCCGCUCGUGCCAGGCUAGUAGAGGAACAGAAAAAGAAGCUGCAUCCACAAAACAGUAUUGAAGCGGAGACUCAUUCACAGAGUUUAGAAAAGACAAUGAUGACACCAUUAUCCAGGGGUAGUCAGGAUGCCUGGGAGAAGCUGCAGCCCAGCUCCAGACCCCUGCGGAUUAAAGAUCUUGACUUCUCUGAUCUGAUGGAGGAGGAGGAUAUCGAUGUGCUAGAUAUAGACACUUUUGACACCAGCUUGCCUAAUGGAGUCCCUCCACCCCCUCCUCCAGUGCCAGGCUCUGCUCCCCCACCGCCACCACCCCCUCCUCCUCCUGGACCUGCUAGUCUGGCUCCACCCCCUCCUCCUCCACCUCCUGGAGGUUUGAGUGUGCCUCCUCCUCCUCCAGGACUCCUCCCUCCGUCCCCGUCACAAGGAAAUGAUCCGGCUUUUCUAAAAAAACGGAAAACGGUCAAGCUGUUCUGGAAGGAGCUCAAGCAGCCAGAGAGUCCCAGGAAGUGCAAGUUUGGGCGGGGCACAGUUUGGGCUUCGCUUGAUAAGGUUGCAGUCGAUACAGCUAAGCUGGAGCACCUGUUUGAGUCCAAAGGAAAGGACCUUCCAGUAGCAAAGAAAGGUGCUGAGACCAAGAAAGCAGCAAUUUCAGUGCUUGAUCCUAAGAGGAGCAAUGCUAUCAACAUCGGCAUGACUGUUUUGCCUGCUGUACAUGUCAUCAAAAGUGCCAUCCUCACCUUUGAUGAGUUUGCCAUCAGUAAAGAGGGCAUUGAGAAAAUCCUGACCAUGACUCCAACAGAUGAAGAGAAACAGAAGAUUCAGGAGGCGCAGCUGGCUAACCCUGAUGUACCGCUGGGAACAGCAGAGCAGUUUCUGCUCACUCUCUCCUCCAUCAGUGGCCUUACAGCCAGAUUACAGCUCUGGGCCUUUAAACUCAACUAUGAGACCCUGGAGAAGGAGAUUGCAGAGCCUCUUUUUGACCUGAAACUGGGUAUGGAACAACUUGCCAAGAACAAAACCUUCAAGCGUAUUUUAGCAACACUACUGGCCAUUGGAAACUUCCUCAAUAGCUCCAGUGCUAAGGGCUUUGAGCUCAGUUAUCUGGAGAAGGUUACUGAGGUGAAGGACACCGUGCACAGGCAGUCUCUGCUUCACCAUACCUGCAAUUUUGUGGUGGAAAACUACCCAGAUACGACAGACCUUUACUCCGAGAUCUCAUCAAUCACACGCUCUGCUAAAGUGGAUUUUGAGCAGUUGUCUGAAAACCUGAUUCAGUUGGAGAGAAAAUGCAAAGCAUCUUGGGACAACCUUAAAGUAAUGGCCAAACAUGAAACUAAACCUAACUUGAAAAACAAAAUGACAGAAUUUCUGAAGGACUGUACUGAUAGGAUCAUCAUCCUGAAAGUAGUGCACAGACGCAUUGUUAAUAGGUUUCAUUCUUUCUUGCUGUACUUGGGUCAGCCUUCAUACUCGGUGCGGGACACUAAAGUAACUCAGUUCUGUAAGAUCAUCAGUGAGUUUGCCCUGGAGUACCGCACCACCCAAGAGAGAGUCCUCACCCAGAAACGCAAGCGUGCCGUCCACCGGGAGCGCACCAAGACCCGGGGCAAGCUGAUCACAGAGACCGAGAAGUUUUCGGGAGCAGUUCCACAGCUGUCUCUGGAGGACAGCCCUUCCCUGGUUUCUUCAACAACAGAAUCAGAGCCAGCCCAAGAGGAGCAUGAGAACAUGAAAAACCUGCUCAUCGCCAACAAUGACAACAGCAAGCUGCGAAGGAGCCGCGCUGUACGAAGUUUAGGCAGGCUUAGUACAAACAUGUCUGUAGCCAAAGAGGACAGCGCCAGCUCACAGGACGAUGCCACAGAUGAGAUCAUGGAUCGUCUGGUUAAGUCUGUCACCCAAAAUCCCACAGAGAGGGCGUCUAGUCCUAAAACACGCAAACGCUCACGGCUUAACAGAAAGUCAUUGCGGAGGACUCUGAAGAGUGGGCUGAGUGUGGAAGUGGUGCAGGCCCUUGGCCUCGGCAGUACUAAUGGGAAGGUCUGAAGCUGGUAGCUGUCAUGUGGGGGAAACUGUAGCAGGGCAGCAAUGAGGCCAUAAGGAGAGCUGCACUAAUGACAGGAAGAUCUGUGAUGAAGGGAUGUUCACUGACAUUUUGUGGGAUGCCUGCAACUAAAUCUGUCUGCCAAUCUGAACAAUUCAGUGGAUGAAUCAUGUCCUUCCAGCUGAAAUACAAAUAGCUGCACUACUGAAAGACCUGAAGUGUGUGCAUGAUAUCCAUUAGACAUAUGUGUGAUCCUGGGUCAUAAAACCAGUCUUAAGUCACUGGGGUAUAUUUGUAACAAGAGCCAAAAAUAUGGGUCAAAAUUAUUGAUUUUUCUUUUUUGUCAAAAAUCAUUAGGAUAUUAAGUAAAGAU